AGGGGCGGCGGGGGGUUUCCUGGGCUGCAGGGUUUCCUGGGCCGCAGGGUUUCCUGGGCUUGCAGGAGGUGGCUCCCUUUGUGCGUUCCUCCUGUGCACUGUGCCUGGCUGAGGUGCUUACUCCAGGGAUGAGUUUCUGUAGAAAAUGUUUCCUGACUGCAAUGAGAGAAAGUGGAAUACAUUGUCCCCUAUGUCGUGGAAGUGUGACUAGAAGAGAAAGAGCAUGUCCAGAACGGGCCUUAGAUCUUGAAAAUGUCAUGAGGAAGUUUUCUGGUAGCUGCAGAUGCUGUUCAAAAAAGAUUAAAUUCUAUCGCAUGAGACAUCAUUACAAAUCUUGUAAGAAGUAUCAGGAUGAAUAUGGUGUGUCUUCUGUCAUUCCAAACUUUAAGAUUUCUCAAGAUUCAGUAAGGAACAGUAACAGGAGUGAAACAUCUACAUCUGAUAAUACAGAAACUUACCAAGAGAAUACAAGUUCUUCUGGGCAUCCCACCUUUAAGUGUCCCUUAUGUCAAGAGUCAAAUUUCACCAGACAGCGUUUGUUGGAUCACUGUAAUAGUAACCAUCUAUUUCAGAUAGUUCCUGUGACAUGUCCUAUUUGUGUGUCUCUUCCUUGGGGAGAUCCUAGCCAGAUUACUAGAAAUUUCGUUAGUCAUCUAAAUCAAAGACAUCAGUUUGAUUAUGGAGAAUUUGUGAAUCUUCAGCUAGAUGAGGAAACCCAGUAUCAAACUGCUGUAGAAGAAUCUUUUCAAGCAAACAUCUGAUUUGAGUACACAUUUCUGCAUCCUUGUACCUACAAGUGCCAUCUUUAAGGGGAAGACAACAUGAAGUCACCGUUUGAAUAAUUUGCUGUGCAUAUUAAUAAAAGUAAUAAUUCAGUCUACUGUAUUAGGUUUUUAAUUGAAAUUAAAGGUGGACCACCCUAACUCCAUUCUCUAGACAGUUACUUUAACAGCAUGGAAAUGGUUGUAUUUUACUUGUGUGGUGAAAAGGGAAUUCCUGUUGUCUUUUUCUUCCUUGUGUUACAUAUUCUGAAUGUUUCAUUAAGUUGUUUUUGAUAUUUUGAUGCAGUUCCUUCUAUUUACUUUAGAGGUAACAGUACUUUAUUACAAAGGUAACAGCAAAUUCUAAAAGAUGUGAUUCCUAUAAAAAUAAUAAGCCUGAGCCAUUUGUCAGAACUGCAGAAUGGAAACUUGAAGUGCUAAGUGGGAUAAUCCAAAGGGAUUUUUUAAAGAAUAGAUUCUAGCUGAGGAAUUCAACAAUAAGAAAAUUGUAUUUAUGUAAUGUUUUGUAUUUUUGAAGACUAGUGAAAUUUCUAUAAUAAUUUUGACUUUGAAAGCAUAUUGUACAAAUGUUUCUUCUUUUGCUAUUAGAUGAACAUAUCAAAAGAAGAGAAAAAAAGUUUUCUUUGGUGGUUAGUUUGUUAUUUCACUCUAGCUUGAGUAAUUUGUAAGCCUAAAAUGAGUUGUAUGACAGUUCUUUGUAGUCAGUAUUUCUCACUAGCUGAUGAAACUUUCAGUUUGUGAUGAUAUAUUACACUUAAAUUAGUUUUUUAAAAAUCCAAAGUUGAAGAUGUAUGUGGAGAUAUGUACAUACACUUUUGCAUGUAUCUAUGCACAUAUAUCUUUACCUAGAGUUUGUCAGGUUAUGUAUAGAAUUUCUAUUAAGAGUUUUAAUAAUGGGCAAGCAAUAUAGGAUUGAAGUAUUUAUCUCAUUUGAUUAAAAUUUUGUAUGUUACCAGAUUUUUUAAACAGUAAGCCAAAUACUAAAUGGUAUAGUUGGCUGUUAUUACAUCUGAAAAAUUUGUUAUAUGGUGCUCAUUAGUUAUUUUUUAAAAUAAUGCAUAGGUGAUGUAGUGAGAGAGGUUUUACCAGCUACUGUUUAACUACAUUUUAGUCAAAACCAAGUUCGUUCUUAGUCUUUGGUGUAAACUAUUGUAGAAGAGGCCAAGUCACAGAGUAUAGGGUGAAGAAUGAAUUCCUGACAUUCCAUGCUGACAUACACUGUUACGCUUUCUUUAAAAUAACUAAACUCAAAAGAAAAAUGUCUGAAGUAGUUUGCUGCUAAUAUAUACAUACAUUGUAAAAAAUGGUAUAUUUUGAUUUUCUUAAUACCCUUGUUGACUUUUCUACAGUGAACUUUUUUUAACUUGAUUUAAUAAAAAUGUUAAUUUUGAACAUG